CCCAUCUACAAAAACCCCAGACAACAAGCAAAGAGAAAGAGGACAAAAAAGCCAUGGCGCAGCGGCUGCUGCUGCUCCUGCCCGCGCCUUCCCGGACCUUCUCGAAGCCCCUCCCUACCCCCUCCUCCUCCCUACCCGGGCGCCAUGUCCCCUCUAUCUCCUUCACACGCCGGGUAGUCGCGGGCGCCGCCGCCGCCGCCCGCCGCGACCUGCUCCGCUGCGGAAUGCGGCGCUCAGACUUGGUGUCCGAGUUGGAGCUCGCCAAGGACAAGAAGCAGCAGGGCGGGCGUGCUAAUGCGAUAUUCUGGAUCUUGCUCCUUAAUUUUGGCCUCUAUGUUGCAGACCAUUUGUUACAGAUCAGACAGAUAAAGGCCCUGUACCUAUACCAUGCUUACCCUUCUUGGUAUCAGUUUGUGACAUCAACUUUUUGCCAUGCUAACUGGAAUCACCUUUCAAGCAAUCUCUUCUUUGUGUACAUUUUUGGAAAGCUUGUGGAGGAGGAAGAAGGUAACUUCGCAUUGUGGAUGUCUUAUAUUUUAACUGGUGCUGGCGCAAACGUGAUUUCAUGGCUGCUUCUUCCAACAUCAUCUGUAUCUCUUGGAGCAUCCGGGGCUGUUUUUGGCCUUUUCACAAUUAGUGUGCUAGUAAAGAUGUCCUGGGACUGGAGAAAGAUUCUUGAAGUUCUUAUUCUUGGUCAAUUUGUUGUUGACAAGGUUAUGGAAGCUGCACGUGCAACCACCGUAACAGGCGCCGCACUUCAAGUAAACAACAUUGCCCAUGUAUCGGGUGCUUUGAUUGGUGCUGCGUUAGUAUUCAUCAUCAACAGAAUCCCCUCAUCAUCUAACGAUGAUAGUCCAAAGGCUCUAAAGGAUAGCAAGGACAAAAGAAGUUAAUUUAAGCUAGAGCAGCCAUCCUAACAUAAUAUAUCGUACAUUAAUCGCUGUGUUCAGAUUCAUCUGUAGUUCUGAUUCGUUUGGAAAAAAAACAUACAUCCCGUAGAGAUUCUGCUGGAUAUCAUCACAGUUGUAAGGUUCAUUGUGUGUAAGUUACAAAGGUUCGUUUUCGGAACCUUUGUGAGAAUGCUAUGGAAAUGAUAAAUUGCUCUGGACUCACACUUGGUAA